CAUUCACACUAUUGUAAAUGUAGAUAUAUUUGUGUUUUGACUAUUAAUGUUGAGACGGUUGUUGUUGUUUUUUUUUUCAUUGUUUUCAAUUAACAUUUUAAUUUUUCUAUAACUUUUAUUAUUGUAUAAAAAUGAGAUUGAUUUAUAUAUAUUUUUUUAUUUUUUAAAUUAAAGUGCAUAUGACUGUACAAUAGAAUGUAAAAUAAAAUGUACAGUAUACCUCAUUUUUUUUAUGUUUACCUAAAUUAAACAUUCUAUAGUAUAAUAAGACUAUGUUUUGAUUGUAUUUUUCUAACCUUUCACUAUUUGAAGAAAAGAAUUAACUCAUUUAAAAUGUAUUGUAGCUUAAAAAUUACAAAAAAAAACAAGAAAAAAAAUCUUCAACUGAUUAAUUAGAAGUACAUAACAAUGAUCAAUUAUCAACAAUACUUAGAAGUUAGUGUAUUUUAAAAAAAUUAAAAAUACCUAUAUAUGUUACAGUAAAGGUGAUAUUAACACUUCUAGUACUUCCAGUCACUAGAGCUGAUGUUUUUAUUAUUUGUAUUAUUAUUCAGUUAUUUUUUUCGCAUGUAGGCCCUACUGCUAUUGACCUUAACUAGAUAAAGGUUUAAAAAAACAGUCUGCUUAUGCGUGGAUGAACGCUCCGGAGUAGGCCAAAAUCUCUUAAAGGCCUUGGUUGUGAAGACAGCAUGAAAAUUAAUUGACAAUAAUUGUAAUCAUAUCCCUAUAACUAGAAACAGUUUAUGUACAGCGUGGUCUUCGAAGGUAUAAAAAAGCACAGUAUUAAUGAAUCUGGCUAUUUCAGUAGGUCUACAGUAGGCCUAGAUAUAACAUGUGUUGUAGCUAUUGUAUGUCACCUAUUAUAGUAGUCGAUUCUGAAAGGUAAACGUUUAGAAAUUCUCGGAGACAAAUUACGAGUACUUCGGACACAGUUGUUAACUUACAAUUUUACAAUUAAAAUUUUAAUAAGAAAAAAAAUCCUUGUCUUAACAGACAGGGAGCGUGCUGUGUUCGUUUUGCGGCUUGCAUGAUUCAUUGACUGGUAACAUUUAAAGAAUAUUUUUUGUAGAACCGUCUGUAAAUCAGUGAAAGCUAUUUUUCUGAUAUUUUUCAUCUGAUCUUCGUUUCAAGUAAAGCUAUUCAAUGUAUUAAAUUGGGUAGGCAGCCAUUCGGUAAAAUUUAAUAAUUGUUGAAAUAUAUCUGCUUGCUAUAUAAUUAUAUGCCUAUUACUUUUAUAAUUAUUGAAUAUGAACGAAAUGUUGGUGAAAAAUCAACAUUAAAACAAUACAUGCAAUAUCGUAUUACAUGUGUCCGUCGUCUGACCAUUUAUAAACGUUUAUCCUUCAGAAUCAGUAGUACUGUACAUGCAGUAAGUAUGUAUGCUAUAUACUAUUACUACCUCAAUUAAGGAUAUUAUAAUUACCAUGCUAAUAGUACAUUAAUUUUUACAGUGCCUACUACACUGUUUCGACCUACUACCAAGAGAUUUUUGCCUACCCUACUACUGUUGCGCUCUACUACUGCAGCUCUGAGGCCGUGGUCCCUCGGCCUUCCCGCUGGCGCCACCCCUGUGUCCUCACUAUUAGCUGACAUUCUAUGCAAUGGGAAAAAGCCUUACGUACAAACAGACAGAAAUUAUUGAAAAGAACGAAAUGACGUCAUUUGUGGUUAGAAUAUGGAUACUAAUUGCGGUGUUUGUACAAGCACAUCUUGGUUUUUGCGUUGGUUUUAAUUCUACCUCUAGUUUUUGGGAAGACGAUUAUUACUAUUAUCAUACAAAUCUGGAGAGCGUGCAUGAUGACAUGACUGACAUUUGCUUAUACUAUCAUCAAACUUGUCAAGGAAAAUGUGGAGCACCUCCAACACAUGGGUCGAUGUGCCACUGCGACUCGUUUUGUGAGCUUUACGGUGACUGCUGUUACGAUUAUAGGACACAUUGUAGGCAUACUGAUAACAACGUUCGGAAUUCUUUCCCAAAAUUAUGGGAUCGUACAGUCUGUAUAGAUAAGUAUUAUUACUUGAUUACUAAAUGUGGUACAGAAACAGUUGAUGAAGAAAUUCGUUUAAACUGUGAACAGCCCAAUCAAGACAAUCUUCUUCUAAAAAUUCCCGUCAGUGACGCUUCUAAUUUAUCAUAUUUAAACAUAUAUUGCGCUCUCUGUAAUGGUGUGCCCAUGACGGACAUUGUAGCAUGGAAGGUUUACGCCAAAUGUAUGUACACAUAUAAAUCAGAAAACUUGGACUUGUUCAAUGAAGAACUAGAGGAACCUACUGAUCAACCCGUAACAAAACAAUCAAAAAAAACAAUGGCUCCUACAAUACAAAUCAGUUUAAAAGACAUUCUUUCUGAAAUUGAUCGUGCAGAUGUAUGCUUGUAUAGAUAUGAACCACUUAAAAACUACAGCCGGAGAUACUGCUCUGGUGCAGAAGGGAUCAAACAGUGUCCACUUGACUAUCCAGAUAUUAAUAUAGUGAACGAAUGCAAAAAAUAUAUUGCAAGCGUGUACGACAAUUUUGAGACGAGAUACGCUAACGCGCAUUGCGCCCUUUGUAAUGGUAUAGAAAACUACACAUGCAAAUCCACUCGCAAACUGGUACGGGCAAUUUCGAGCCUGAUUUCGGUAUAACCAUACCAAUUACUAUUUUACUGGACU